AUGGCAGCUAAGGGGAUCAAGGGAUUGAACGCUAUGUCUAAAGCACACGCAACGGAGGACGAAACCGCUCCAGUUGCAGCAAGAACAAAGAGAGAACUGGAGGGUGCCCUAGUAGAGCAGGAGGGGGAAACCCAAGACCAGCUGCUGGCAGCAAAACUUCAAAGUAGCAACAUCGCGGCCUUAGGAAUGAACUCAGCAGCAGUAGAAAAGGAGGAGGGGACAGAGGAUUUGGGUCCUGAUGGGGAUUCACGUCCCGCAAAGAAGCGACGUGGGGCCCCCAAGGCCCGCGCCAAAGCUGGAAAGAAGCAUGCAACAGCUACAACAGCACCACAAAGUAGUCCUCUACAGCCAGACGAGGAGUUCAAUGCUCUGGCGGCAUUGGCCGCCAAGAGCCGCAAGUUUGUGGGGGCUCACAUCUCAGCAGCAGGUGGCGUGCACAAUGCUCUUAUUAGCUGUUUCAAUGUGAAAGGGCAGGCUUUCGCACUGUUUCUUAAAUGCCAACGAAAAUGGGUUUCUUCUCCACUGACCGAGACGGCGAUUAACGGUUUUAAAGAACGGUGUGACCAGCUGGAGAUGGACAUGGCUACGCAAGUGUUGCCUCAUGGUAGCUACCUUAUCAAUGUGGCCAAUCCAGACAAGACAAAGCAAGAAAAUGCGUACAAAGCCCUUCUUGACGACUUGCAGCGGUGCGAAACUCUUGGCAUUAAGCUUUAUAACAUCCACCCAGGUUCCACUGUGGGUGACUGCAGCAAGGAAGAGGGAAUCCGUAAUAUCGCAGCAGCAGUCAACAGGGCCCACAAGGACACGAAGUUUGUUGUGGUUGUGCUAGAGAACAUGGCUGGCCAGAAGAAUGUCGUGGGUAGUAAGUUCGAAGACCUCCGCGACAUCAUCGAUCUCGUUGAGGACAAAGAUCGAGUCGGCGUCUGUCUCGAUACGUGUCAUCUCUUUGCGGCUGGAUACGACAUUCGCAAUGCGGAGAAAUUUGAGAAGGUGAUGGAAGAGUUCGACUCUAUCGUUGGCUACAAGUUCCUUAAGGGGAUGCACUUGAAUGACUCAAAAUCCCAGCUAAGCUCAGGACUGGACAGACACGAGCUGCUCGGCAAGGGCCACUUGGGCUUGGAACCGUUCAAGUAUAUCAUGAGACACCCAAGCCGAUUCAAGGAUAUGCCGCUGAUACUAGAGACCCCGGACCCGACCGAGGGCAGCAUAUGGAAGAAGGAAAUAAAGCAGAUGUACAGUUUCUUAGAUGCAAAGGAAGAGUAA